GUUUUGAUCUUGCUCUAGUGUCCUAGGUCUUCGUCUUGUGUCUAGUGUCGUUACAUGUCGACUUGAUUGCAUAGAAUCGACUUGUUUGCGAAUCAUUGAAUAACGUAUGUAAAUUUUAGUGCUAUAACGUAUACAUAUAUAAAUAUAUUUUUUUAUUUUUUAAGUGCAAUCAAAUAGUCUUAUAUUUCAUCUGUUAUCAUGACACAAUUAUAUGAUAUUGUAAAUACAGUAUAAAAAAUAUACAAAAAUGUUGUGAAACUCUAAAUAAAAUUUUUUUUUAUAUAUUUUCAUCACGGCUAAAUUAUGGAGGAGCAUAACGGGUGUAAAAAGAAAAAAAUGGAUCAGUCUAAGGAUAAAAUUCCAUCACGACGCAAACGCAAUCUAAUGCGAAAUUUCAUGCAUCGUGAUAUUGGAAUUGGUACCAAAGGUAGUGCCAGUACUAAAUCAUUUGAAUUUCUUGCUGAAACAAAUUUAGUUCUUAAAGAUCAUGAGGAAAUGAAAUGCAGUAUUCCUGGAUCACCACGAGCAACUUUUCUUAUGGUCUUCAGUCCAGACGGAACAAAAGUCGCAUCAACCCACGGAAAUCACAACGUCUGUAUAACGGAUUUAACGACUGGAAAAAAUAUAAAAACACUGACAGGACACCCACGGACACCUUGGUGUAUAGCAUUUCAUCCUUCAAGUGAAUUAGUUGCAACAGGAUGUCUCGCAGGACAAGUGAGAGUAUGGGAUUUACACGGUGGCAGUGAAGUCUGGACAUCUUCUCACCCAACAGUGAUAGCGUCCUUAGCUUUUCAUCCAUCAGAGCGGCUGUUAAUAAUAGCGACUCACAAUCAAAUUCAUUUCUGGGACUGGCGUCAUUCGGAACCAUUUGCUGUCGCGUCGACACGAAGUGAUAAGGAGAAAGUACGUUUCGUUGCAUUUGAUAGAUUAGGAAGAAAACUAAUUACGGGAAUAGCGAAUACUCUUCACACACAGUCGCAGUGGGAUCGCGCACCAUUCGAUCAAGCUUACAGACGACUAUUGAGACCUGACUAUCGAGCGCCAUUUGAACGAACUGACCUCAGUUCAUCUUUGGGUAACAAUACUGAGUCAUAUAGAAUACCUUUGGUAAAUAUUUGGAAUAAUUUAAACAAUCGUCGUGUGCAAGAAUUGACUCAAAAUGUGCACCCAGUCGCCAGAACUAUUGACGAAAUGUUCAGGGCAACAAUCAGACGAAACUCACCCCGAGUUAAUCCAGAUGACGAGCAUUUAUCGCGUCACACCUUGCUGCGUAAUUAUGUAAGGGAUUGGUCGAUAGCAAGAUCUAUGGCGAGACUUCACUCGCGAAUUGACGAUAACGGUAACGUUGAGUCAAACAAUCGCGAUAAUUCGUCGUCAGUCUAUCAGCAAGGCAACGUAACGAUUGAAGUCCGUCGUAAUAGUUUUUUACCGCAUAACAAUGAAACAUGGGGACCUCCACGAGCCGCAACAGGACAACGUCCUCCAGCUGCUCCAUCAUCAGGUUACGACAUAAGUAUAUUGAGACACUUGUCGUCAUUUCGCACAGUACCUCAGUCAAUGCUUGAAGAUAUUUUCUAUGAAAUAGAUCGUAAUCGAAAUGGAUUACGUACUGCACGUCAUUAUUUUUCAUUUGCUCCACGUGACGCUCGCUGGCGUGAAUUAGCCGAGGCAGGUCAGCUUCCUCCCGUCCCUACUAUGUCGUUAUCAACGUCGCCGUCAUCGUCAAAUACUCCGUCUACUCCACGACGGCUUGCUGAAGAUAAUCGUACUGAUUGUGAUAGACAGUUAAUUUAUUUAUGGGCAGAACUACAAUUGAAUCAACUGUACAGAAAUCUUAUUGAUCAAUAUGAAAUUCUAGUCAAUACAUUCUUUGAUCCAUCAGCCAGCGGUCAAGAUGGAGGCGAUUCUAUUGUCAGAAGUUUUCUUCCAGUCUUUGAACGAACAAUCGCUGACAGAACGCAACGUCUGAGUUAUAUUUUACGUGUCAAUCAACUUCCAACUUCUUGUGAUCAUGUCGCUUUGGCAUUUCAGCAUUUACGUCGACAACGUGCUCUUGGCAGCUUGUGGGCAUUGCGUAGAGCAAUACACGAUACAGCUGCUAAUAAUUCAAAUUAUUUAUCAAGACUACGUAGUUUACGUGUGAGAUUAGAAGUACAAGCGACGGAAUUGUCAAACCAGACACGCAACAGGAUGCGUAACCAGGUGUUCCAAGCAACUCUGGACAAUGAACUGCGUGAAUUAAGAAAUUUAGAGAAUCAAUUUCACAUGGCUAAUUUUAGAAUUGGGCAGUUGAGACAAUUGUUCUUCCAGCUGUCAUUAAGGCCACUGCAACCUUUUCGUUCCUCGCCUGUCAAUAACGCUGAGAGACCAAUUGAUUGGGAAAAACUUAAUCGAUUGAUCGGAAUACCUCCAGAGGUUAUUUCGCUAUAUGACAGAAAUUUCCGAGCUGACUAUAAUUCAUCACCGACAUGGCAAAAUAAUGAAUCACGUGACCCUGACAAUAGCUCGUCAAGAACAGCCGGCACCUCGUCAAAUAAUAUUCAAUCAGGCAGACGUAAUCCGGGUACUUCAAAUAGACGUCUUUUUGAGCCGAGUCCUAACAGCGAUGGUGGGGAUGAAGAACCGCCACGUAGAAGAUUACGUAGAGAUGAUGAUGAUGAUAGUACUGGACAACGUAGUGAGAUAAGAAAUAAUGGCCAUUUUUCUACGGAAGCAACAGCUGAUAACUCAACGUCUAGUGAAGAAGGACAAUUUACUCAAGUACCACAUCCUGUUUUAUCCGUAUUCACCAUCUCGUCACGUUCAGCCUUUCAGCCCAGUGUUCCACGUAAUACCGUUCAAAAUCAAAGUCAAGAUACUUCCAAUAAUGCCCAGUCACGUCAGCCAAAUGCUAAUCAAGGGACUUCGCAGCCACCACCGGCUCCACCAUCGACAGCACCAGCAGCUGCAACAGCAGCAACGACAGCAGCUGCGACAACGAAUAGUGAAAACUUUCGAGACGAUCCUGUGUGGAUGGCACUUAUGAUCACCGCUAGAUUACAUAGUUUGCAACAAAACAAUGGAGCUAAUGACUCGAAUAAUUCUAGUGCUGAAAACACUGCUACCGUUCCAAGCACAUCAAGAUUAGGGACCAGUGAAAAUGAUGAUAAUCCCAAUGAUGUUCAAGAAAGUGAGCUGCUGUUAAAUGAGGAUGAAUUUAUGGAAGUAGAUGAUGUUGGCUUUGGUGAAGAAGACGAGGAAGAAGAAAAUGAUUCGCGUGCUACUGAGACACGUCAAGUUGAGGAGGAAGAUAUUAAUCAAGAGGAUGUUGAAGAACCAGAGGUCGAGGAAGAUGAAGAGGAGGAAGAAGAGGAAGAAGAUGAUGAAGAUGCUGAUGAUAAUGAAGAGGCUAGAAUAAAUAGUAAUUCUGCUCCACCAGGAGUUGUUUGUUUCUCCUUAGCAGGAGUUAGUAGAGAGGAAGAAGUACAGAGUUCUAAUACUGCAGAUUCCAGCAGACCGAGAUUGUCUCGAUUCUUAGCUUCCACGUCAAGAGAUUCAAAUAAUCAGUCAUCUCGUGCUGUUGAAGAUGAAGAAAAUACAGCUGAGCAAUCAGAAAUUGGUUACUGGUUACUUCAAGAGAACAGUAAUCCUGAUUCAAAUCAAGACAAUGACGCGGGAACUAGUUCAAAUUCAACACCUCUACGUUGGACAAGUCGCUGGAUUCGCACGGGUCCUUCCAACCGUCCGACAGAACCUGAAACUUCUAGAAAUACUUCAUCCCGCACUCCUCUGUCUCCAUACUCAGCGACGGCAACUCGCUAUGAACAGCCGCCGCUAUUUCCAUUCAGAAGUCUUCGUGACCAACAACGACGCAAUGAAGAGCAAAGAAGAAAUUCAAAUGAAUCACGCAACACUGAAGAUUCAAGCCACAGAGACUCUGUUAUUAAUUUACCAGCUCCACAAUUAGAAACUGGUAAUCACGUUCCUACAUCAUCAGUAAUACCGCCUCAAGAAUAUGCGUUUUCAAAUCCAUCAUCUCCACAAUUAGAUACUCCUGUAACUGUGCCAACUGCAACGGAACCACUUGAUAGAAUUUAUCCAUCAACAUCAUCAGCUCCAACUGCUACUGAUACGGUGCCACCUAACACCAGUACUUCAUCAGAUAAUCCUGACAGAUCAAUGGAUCGUCGUUUAAGAUUAUUCUCUCAUGGUAAUAUGCAUCCAACCACAUUUAGAGAAUUGGAAAAUGAAAAUAAUUCCCGUAAUAUGCAUCCAACUACAUUCAGAGAAUUGGAAAAUGAAAAUAAUUCCCGUGAUUGGCAUGAAAUAUGUGAUAUUUUACGCAUUACUACAAAUUCUAUUUUACGUAAUGAUACUACUAAUCCUUGUAACAACAACAAUAAUAAUAAUAAUAAUAAUAAUCAUAAUAAUAAUAAUAAUAAUAAUAAUAAUAAUGGUGAUAAUGAUAAUAGUAAUAAUAAUAAUAAUAAUAAUAAUAAUAAUAAUAAUAAUAAUAAUAACAGUAGUAGAAAUCAAUCAGAAUCAUCAUCAUCAAGACCAACAGGAUCACGGAUUAAUACACAAACAUCUGAACUACGAAGUCAUAUGUAUGAAUUUCGGCAAACAAGAUACAGAUGGUUAGCAGCGCUCCAGGAUUUACGAUCACUCCAUUCUCGAAAUAACGAACCACGAAGUACAAAUGACAAUCCAGUAGCUUCAACAUCACGUGAUAUGCAUGACUCGCCUUCUGUCGAGCGAUUGCGAAAUUUCAAAAAAGCUUUAAUACAAAAUUAUGAACGUCAGCAUGGUGGAUCAUCAUCAUCAUCAGCAGCAGGACCAUCGUGGUUGUCAAAUCAACGUACCACGACACAAAAUGACUCAAAUAGAACUAGCGGAGAGGCUACUCCAGUAUUUACUCCAGAACAAUACAAUAUGCUUGAAGAGCUGUCAAAUUGUAUACCACAAGAGUAUGAGGCUGAUGAUAUAUUUUAUGAGAAUUUCCUUUCUAUUUUAGAUGGUCGUGAUUACAGACCUAGUUCUAGUUCAUACUCAAACUCAAAUAGUGAUCACACCUAUUCAAAUUUAACAAUGAGAGACAUGGACAGUACGACAGAAUCACCUACAAUGUCUAGUUUAGCGCACCGUCUUUUGAGCAAAUGGACUCCACUGAGCUCCAGCGCAGAUCCAUCAUCCUCGUUGGGCGACAACGGCCUGCCAAGUACUGAAAUUCGCCGCAUAACACCUGGAAUCGCUGAGUACAUUCGUAUCAAAACUUACGCACGUGAUUACGUCCGUCAAAGAGACGACAUGUGGCCGCUACGUUCCGCCCUCCACGGUUUGGACACCCACUUGCUGAACUACUGUCGUAACUACUUGCCGGACUACGUAAACGGCACGUCAUCAAGGGCUAGGAAUAAUCCGCGAAAUUUCUCCGCAACAAUACAAUGCAUUGGAAGAACUCACUGGAGUUUGUCGUUUGCAUUUGAAAAAGUCCGGGCAACCCUGGAUACAAUAAAUGAAAAUGGAGCUUACGAAAGACUUUGCUAUAUAUACGUUAUCAUUCGCUUGGCUUUGGAAUUGAUAGACUUAGUAUUAGCGCAAUCUAUUGUUAUGUAUUCUGAAUCAAGAGAAAUUUCACGUGCGUCAGAGCGUCGAGGUGCGAGACAUGACCAAGCUUCGACCUCAGAACCAAGAGACGACAUUAGUCUGAUUGAAAGUACAAGACAAGAAUCAACAAGUAGUAAUUUGAGAUCCACAAGAUUACUUGGUAGCGCAGAAGUGUUACCAAUGCCUCGUAUGUUUAUUUUAAAUUAUCACAGACUGGCUGAACGACUGGAAAGAUUAUUUCCAAACUCAGUGAUCUAUCAAAAUCAAAAUAAUAAUAAUAAUAGUAAUAACAAUAAUAUCUUUACGCCUACACCGUCAACUUCUACUGCCAAUGAUUCUCCAAGACUGGGAAGAAAUACGGGUACUGCAUCUGAAAGUAGUACUCUGUCUGCCGAGCUGCAAAGUAUCAUUGAGAGGAUUCAAAAUAAUGUCAAUUCACUGUCUGGUAUCGUUGAUGAUACUCGGCUGUCUGAACCAACAAAUCCUGCUACCACAGGAACCAAUAACAGUACCAGUAAUAAUACCAGUAGUAAUAACAAUAACACGAGAGAGUAUCCGAGAGUACGACAUUACCCCCGACCAAUGCGUCUGCCAGAUGACGAUAUACUGAGAAGAAUAAGACGCCUGAGUGCAACAAUUCUAUUAAAUCGGGCAUCACGGCUAAGAUUUUAUCACCCAUCAACAGAGCCAGCCUGGUCACCACCAAUACGUCGCAUUACGUCGUCACGAGACGCACCGCGUCAGCAAUAUUACAAUGUACCAGUUGUGCAAGUGAACAACGUCCCUGUAAGUGACUUUAAUAAUUUACCAGGUCAUCGUGAUAAUGUACUGAGACUGCCGCCACCUUCUUACGAAACUCCACGGCGUAUAAUCACGACGAGAAUUCAAAGACAAAAUGCCGUUCAGUCCGACUCGUCGAACUCAUCAUCCUCGCAGGGCUCUGAUCACGCGGUACCGGAAUUUGCCUCACCACCAAGUGAGUCUGUAAGAGGUUUUCCGUGGACACCGAUGAUUAGUUUGAAUGAAAUAGCACGUGCACGAUUUCCAGGACUUGUUGCAGCGGCUGGUAUGGCUGCCGAAGCUGCUGGUGGACGUGGGGAGGGUCAAGAACCUCCAUCUAAUGACGACAAUGAUGAUGUGGAAAUAAGAACAGAACACGUUCCGAUGUUUUUCCAUGGACUGGAGUUACAGAGCUAUCGGGUCCAAGCUUGGGACUUUUCAGAUGGCAAAAUACCUGAUAUCAGAGACUCUGAGAAAAAUGUUGUUGUACGUGAAUGCAAGAUUCAUAAUGACGCAAACAUUGAUAUUUCAUCAGAUGGAAAAUAUUUGGCAACUUUAUUGCCAUCCGGACGAAUUCAUAUGUCAACAACAAUAGGAGUCUACAGUCUCGAUUGGGAGACUUUGGGCAAGCGGUUGCACUCAACAAAAGUGGAUCAAACAGUAAUAUCUCUGUCAAUAUCACCAACCCAUGGACAUUUAUUAGUUGGCCUAGCGUCUCGUCGCGUCCAUGCACCCUCGAGACCCUUUCCCAUGGCAUUAAUCUACAAGUUUAUCGACCGUCCCGCCGAGGAGGAUAGUGCGGAAAAAGAGACGAGGACACCAGAGGCCCGCGAAGAUGAAGUACUCGAUCAAUACAUGCCAUACAGUUUUGAAUCUUACGUUCCCUCAUUCCUACGGAAUCCUCGGGUGCACUCAAAUCGGUACGCCGCACGUACCGACGAAGACCAAAAAGACAGUCAGAAAUCAAUGGUGCUUUUGCGUGAACUGCAGCAGGUUAAUCGUGAGACUGCUGGAUACAUGAGUUUAAAUUGCAUAAGAUGGGUACCACAAGCUGGUCAAGGAAUUAUUUAUGCAACCAAUACUGGUCAACUUAAUAUUCUUCAUUGAUUCCUAUUUAUAUUUAAUAACAAUUACCAUGAUAAAAUUAUUAAUAAUAUUAAUAUUAAUAAAAAUAAUAAAUAACAGAGUAAAUAUAAUAAAAUAAAUAUUAUUAAAUGAAAAGGGAAAUGUAGAAGCAGAAAAUAUAAAUGGCAAAGCUCGGCAAUUUUUUUUAUAGAACAAUAUACUAACGACUUAUGCUCAUAAGUCACUAUCAGAUUGUGGAAUUAAAAUCUAUUUGACUAUUCAUUUUUUUUAGUUAUAUUAGUGUAUUGUUUUAAACAUUUUUUUGCUUUUGUUUUCUUUUUUUAUCUAUUUUUCUUGUCUAAUAAAUCUGUAGAAUAUAUAUUAAAUUUUUGAUAAUUAUUUUUAUUUAAAAUAAAUUAAAAUUUAUUUGUUAUUUUCACUGCGUAAUCGGAGUGGUCAUUUGUGAUAGUGGCAUCAAGCUCAUUGAAUUGAUUGUAAAAGAGUAAAAAUAAAUAUGUAUUACUACUCUAA